AUGUUUUCAGAGGGUUGCACUCUUGGACCAUGUCUCUAUGUAAUUGAAAUUCUGUGGAUUGUCUUUGUUUGCACAGUGGCUACAAAUCUGUCACAGAAAUACACCCUGAACCACCACUUUUCCUUCCACGCAAACAGAAAGAGUACCAAAAAGCAAUCAUCAAUGAGUUUUUUCUCUUAUGAUGGAUUAAUAAUUCACAGAAGCGAAAUUAAUCCAGUUGGCGAGACGUUAGAGCUCGGCGCGUUGGCGCCAGGUCAAAGCAUAGAAUACUAUGACUCUUCGAGUGUCUUUGCCACCCUGAGUACCCGUCUUGCGAGUAGCGCAAAUAGAUUCUACAGACGCUGGGAUGAAAGGGUUCUCUAUGUAGUCUCGCGGGCAAGGUUCGAUUAUAGUCGCGAAGAAUUUACUGCUGAGACCUAUCAAGCUUUGUAUAAGGCAUUGAUUGCUUUUGCUGCGUGUUAUCUAAACAAGGUUUCUGCUCAAGCAUUGAUUGAAGAAAUAAAUGUAUACUGGAGGCAUCAAAUGAGGUAUGGAGCCAAUGGCGGUUUGGUACGUAUGCCACAAGACUGGAUAGUGGAUGUUGAGAGUAUAAGGGUUAGCCUCAAUGAGAUUCGUGGCCUGUCUUUGAAAGAUUGGCUUCCUGACGCUCCAGAAUCCGCUGUUCCCAUCUUCGAAGAUUACGUUGCAAACAUGUUUCGUAUAGCUGAUGCUCAAUUGAGCAACCCAUAG